UUCCAAAAGUAAACUCAGUUUUGUCCCUAUAUAUUGUCAAUUCAUGCGCAAAUCAGUAUAAAAAAACAUCCGCUUACGGUUUUCUGAAACCAUGACUCAUAAUUUAUGUCCUUCCUUCUUCUUUAUUUAUCCACUCACAUUUCCCUCCUUACAACACUGAAAAAACCCAACUAAAUCAACUUCGGAAUUUCUUAACUUUGGCCUCACUUUCUUCUGAAACUACACAGUUUGCAAGCAAUAUUCAUCAUACAAAUCAAAAGCCAUGGACCUGAUCCCAGGGCUACCUAAUGAUUUAGCACUUGAAUGUCUCAUACGACUUCCUAUUGACCAGUUCUCUAAAGCAGCUUCAGUAUGCAAAACCUGGAACGGCGAGAUUAUGCUGCCGGAGUUUCGAAAACGGCGGACAACUUCCGGGUUGGCCCGACCCGUUUUAUCCAUGGUCCAAGCUAUGGUUGCUACUGUAAAAAAGCCUCAGGGUGACACUACCCUCUCGUCUACCCAAAUUUACCGUCUCUCCAUAUCUGACCCGGAAAACGGCUGUUGGUACGAUUUGCCACCGAUUCCGGAGUUGAUUGACGGGUUGCCGAAGUUUUGCCGGAUUGUCGGAGUUGGAUCCGAUUUAUUAGUGAUUGGCGGGUGUGAUCCGGUUACUUGGCGGGUUAUGGACUGUGUUUUCAUCUACAACUUCAUCUCCGGGACGUGGCGACGCGGAGCGGAUAUGCCAGGUCAGCAGAGGUUGUUUUUCGGAUGCGGUUCGGAUUCCGAUCAGGUCAUCCUCGUCGCCGGCGGACAUGACGACGAGAAGAAUGCGCUGAAGUCGGUUCUGUUAUACGACGUCGUGAAAGACGAGUGGGUUGCAAUGCCUGACAUGGUGAUGCAGAGAGACGAAUGUAAGGUUGUAUUUCACGAAGGUAAAUUCCACGUCAUUGGCGGUUAUCCUACGUUGGCACAAGGUCACUUUGAGAAAAAUGCUGAGGUGUUCGACUUUGCCACGUGGCAGUGGAGUUUGGAAGAUGAUUUCUUGAGUGUUAAUAAUUCUCCUCAUACUUGCACUGAAGGUGAUGAUGGGCGAUUGUACAUGUGCCAAGACGGUGACGUGGUCGUGAAGGAACAUGCAACGUGGCAGAAGUUGGCAAGAUUGCCAGCUCAGAUUUCCAACGUGGCAUAUUUGACAGCGUGUCAAGGGAAGUUGAUAUUGGUGGGAAAUGCAGAAUUAUCUGAGGAACUCCAUAGUGUUUAUGCUUUGGAUAUGAAUGAAAAACCAAGAGUUUGGACAAAAGUAGAGACUCCAGAUGAGUACAGUGGUCAUGUUCAAUUCGGUUGUUAUUUGGAGAUAUGAGAUUUUCAAAGGCAAUCGAUUAUUAACAAAUUUGUUCUCGGGUUAAAGAAUGAGAGUGAUGGGAGCAUUUCAGUAACAGUAAAGUUAUCUUUGUGUGAUCUAUAGGUUACGGGUUCGAGUCGUGGAAUCAGUCACUAAUGCUUGCGUUAGGGUAUACUGCCUACUUCACACUCCUUGAGAUACGGUUCUUCCCCGGACCCUGCUUGAACGUGUAAUACUUUAUGCACUGCACCGCUAUCCUAGUAAUUUGGCCCAAAGAAAAAAAGAAUGAGAGUGAGUUGAGCGAUAUUCUUAGUUGAUUCUUUUCGUUUCCUCUAUUACAUGCAUAGUAUCACUCAACUAUCUAGCAGUGAUUGCUCUUAUUAAUUUUGGCACAGUUGUGUUUCAGCUUUUAUUUGAAAAUAACUAGUAAAAAAAGCCUAGUUUUGGCCUCCAUAUA